UCUCACAAGCUAGCUCAAAGUCGAGGAACAAGUGAGAACGGGUCCGUUGAGUUAUCUUUCGCCCCUUGAAUCCCUCCCCACUGUGGUUUACGACAACGUAAACUAAGACAUUACGGAGCUGCCCGGGCCAAACCGUCAACGCCGUGUUUGAAGCGGCGCCUGUUGUUACGCAAAGUGCCACUUUAUUAGUUUAAAAGCUAAUUCAGCUAACGCUAACUUGACGGCGCUCGUGCCCGCUUUGCUUGCCUCUUCGUCUUUUGAGCCGCUCGUCUGUAACUGUGACGUCAACUCACCGCGAGGAACCAACACGCCACAAUCUGUCCGUAUCUGGGAAUAUUACGUUUUUGUUUUUGGCUCCUCGUCCCUAAAUCAACAUGAGUGAUCCUUGGCAGGAGUGCAUGGACCACUGUGUGGAAGUCACCAACAAGGCUGGGCAGAUGAUCCGCGAGGCGCUCCAGAAGGACAUCGCCGUCAUGCAGAAGAGCUCGCCAGUUGACCUGGUGACCGAGACGGACCAGAAAGUGGAACAGCUCAUUAUUUCCUCCAUCAAGGAGAAGUACCCCGCUCACAGCUUCAUAGGUGAGGAGUCGGUAGCAGCAGGUGCUCCUAGUGUUCUGACGGACAAUCCCACCUGGAUCAUCGACCCUAUUGAUGGUACCACCAACUUUGUUCACAGGUUCCCCUUUGUGUCCGUAUCAAUUGGCUUCACUGUGAAGAAAGAGAUAGAGUUUGGGAUUGUCUACAGCUGCAUCGAGGACAAAAUGUACACGGCACGCAAAGGGAAGGGAGCGUUCUGCAACGGAGACCCAAUCAAAGUGUCUGGACAGGAAGAUAUUAGCCAAUCGAUGGUGCUGACGGAAAUGAACUUCCAUAAGGACCCCGGGCACUUCAAAACCAUGAUGGCCAACAUCGAGAACAUCCUCACCAUCCCCGUGCAUGGGAUCCGCUCCCCGGGCAGCGCAGCUGUCAACAUGUGUCUGGUGGCGUGCGGAGCGGCCGACGCCUACUACCACAUGGGCAUCCACUGCUGGGACAUGGCCGGAGGGGCGGCGGUGGUGACCGAGGCCGGAGGAGUUAUCAUGGACACUUCGGGUGGACCGUUUGAUCUGAUGUCUCGGAGGCUGAUCGUCGCCAGCAGCCGAGCGAUCGCCCAACGCGUCGCCAAGGAGAUAACAGAGUUCCCCGUUGGAAGAGACGACACAGAUGGCUAGUACGUUGCCAUCCUCUCUUCCACCAACGUAACAGUUUUUAUUCCCCCCCCCCUCCUCCGACUGUUUUGUAUUUAUGAAGUCCCGUUUCCGUCUUUAAGAACCAAAGCGAUAAACUUACCUCUGGAAAAGAAGUUUGUUAGUCAGCACUUCAGACUUUCAGUCUUCUUUCUGCUUUUAAGCCUCUCACAGAUUUAGACUUGUUGGUGGAAUUAGACCCGCGUUUCCUAAUGCACACUUAUUUUAGACUUUUUUUUAUUUUUAUUAUCUAUGAUUAUUUAUAGGAACAAUGCAAUCGUCGGAACAAUUUCAUUUAUGAAGUAUCUCCAUGCAGCACUAUUGGAGUCUUUUUUUUUUUUUGUAUAAAUGUGUUUAGGUUUGGACCAAUAUUAUUGCUUUUCCAUGUAGGAUUUCAAAAUAGGUUAUUGUAUUCGGUAAAAUGUAUUUGAAAUGCAUUUGUGUUCUGAACCACCGAUUUCCGAUCCAUAAGGUUAUGAAUAAUGUGAACACUAGCACCAGUUGAUUCAUAGUUGUUUUUUAUAAAGUGUGGUUUUGUGUGUACUCGUA